AUGUUCAAUACUUCGGGAAUUGGGGUCACUCUUUCCGAAGUUAUCAAUGGCACUCUGCAGCUUCUCAACAACCCCCUCGUCACCACUAGUCCCACACCCAUGUGGAACGUGUCGUGCGGGGAGCAGCUGCAGGAUUUCGGGCGCCCGGAGAAGAUCAUCAUCGGGGUGAUGCUGGCUAUCAUCACGGCGGUCACAGUCAUGGGGAACACGCUGGUGGUGAUCGCAGUGUGCGUGGUGAAGAAACUGAGGCAACCUUCAAACUACCUGCUGGUGUCCCUCGCAGUGGCGGACCUAUCAGUGGCCAUAGUUGUGAUGCCGUUUGUCAUAGUGACAGACCUCACCGGGGGCAAGUGGCUUUUUGGGGACACGUUUUGCAACAUCUUCAUCGGCAUGGAUGUUAUGUGCUGCACUGCUUCCAUCAUGACCCUGUGCGUGAUCAGCGUGGAUAGGUAUCUUGGGAUCACGCGGCCUCUCACCUACCCAGCCCGGCAGAACGGUCAGCUGAUGGCAAAGAUGAUCCUGGGAGUGUGGCUGGUGUCAGCAUCCAUCACCCUGCCACCCUUCUGCGGCUGGGCCAAAAAUGUCCACACAGCCGGUGUGUGCCUCAUAAGCCAAGACUUUGGCUACACCAUCUACUCCACAGCCGUAGCCUUUUACAUCCCUAUGCUGGUCAUGCUGGUCAUGUACUACAAGAUCUUCAGGGCUGCUCGCAAGAGCGGCGCCAAGCACCGCUUCACUGACCUUCCGCGGCGCGAACGGCUUGAAACGGUGGCUAAUGAGGCGCUGCGCAUGCAGGGCCUGAAGCCACCUGGUGUGGCGGAGGAAUGUGCCGCCUUGUCCCGCCUGCUGAACCGUGAGCGCAGAAACAUCUCCAUCUUCAAGCGGGAGCAGAAAGCAGCCACAACGCUGGGGGUGAUCGUCGGGGUCUUUGCUGUGUGCUGGCUGCCGUUCUUCAUCCUGUCCACUGCCAGGCCCUUCAUCUGUGGCGUGGAGUGUAGCUGUGUGCCCAUCUGGCUGGAGCGCACGCUGCUCUGGUUGGGCUACGCCAACUCCCUCAUGAACCCCUUCAUCUACGCCUUCUUUAACCGAGACCUGCGCUCCACUUACCGUGACCUUCUCCGCUGUCGCUAUCGCAACAUCAACCGUCGACUGUCCGCUGUGGGCGUGCAUGAGGCUCUCAAGGUGUAAGGCAGGGUACGCGAGCAGCGCAUCUUGAGUCUCAAACAGCGUGGUAUGCCCUGUGCCCUGUGCUUGUACACUUGGUGGCUCUCAGGCCCUUCUGCAACGGCAGAGAGACAGCACGAUCACUUGAGCGUGUGUGUGACUCAGUCUUUCUAUUUUGGGGAGGAAAAUCAUAGAGCGUACUUGAUGGGCUAUUCAAGUCGACACUGCUUUUGUGCAUAUGCCACGAUUCUGUCCUGGCUCCGGAUUUAUGAUGGGAUAAUGUGGUGACAAAGGAAAUGACAUGUAAACACAAUCAAUCAUCCCAGUGCUUUCAAAGGGAACAGAAA